CGCCAGUAGCCGCCCGCCUCCCGCGCAGCGCACAUCGACCACUCCGUAUUGCAAGCCGCAGCUCCGCGCUCGUCCCGUCCACACAGCACCGCAAAGCUCGCAGCCCGCCCGGGCCCGGCAUGCGCUUCUGAGACGCCCACGCAGCGCAGCGCUACACCCUACCGCACACCAGACAGGACGAAAGGACGUGAGAUGGCGCUGGUGCAGCCCGGUCUGCCAGGUGCCGCUACCACCACCGCCCCCGCCGCCCCCGUGUCGAGGCUGGCGCAGAUGCAGGCUCGCAUCCAGCAGCGGCAGCUGCAGGAGAAGGAGCAGAAGCUGCUGCAGCUGUACGAGAGCCAGCAGCAGCGCGCCCUCGACCGCGUCGUCACGCGCUCCACCUCGCUCAGCUCCAGCCUCAGCACCGCCGCCUUCAGCACGCUCACCACCAACAACAACAGCGUACGCACCAGCCUCAGCAACGGCAUCAACAACAACAAUAACGGCGCCGUCGGCGGCGGCCGCGUGCGCCAGAUGUUCGACGAGCGCCGCAAGCCGAACAACUCGGCGCCCGCCGCUCCCGGCUGGGACCGCAGCUACCCGCUGGAACCCAUCAACAAGAACGCAGCAGCGCACAAGACGGUGUCCAAGUCUCGCGGCGCGGUGAGCCUGGACCGCAACGGCGCCGGCGCCGGAUUGGGCCUCAGAGCCGCGGCGCCGCCCCCGCAGGCGCACCAGCCGCUGCGCAGGGCCAAGAGCCAGGCGCGGCCGCCCCCGCCGCCGCCGCAGGCGCCCAGCCCCCCUCCAGAGCCAGAACCGGAGCCGGAGCCACAGGCCGCAGACACGGCGGAGGCGCAGGACGCCGAGCUGCAGCGCUACCUGGACGACUUCUCGCCGCCGGCGACGCCGCCGCCCUUCGACGACGAGCCGGACGAGGGAGAGCCCGAGGCCGGGGCGGAGCUGGACGCCGCCGUGGACGCCAGCACGUCGUUCGUGUUCCAGAAGCUGCCCAACGUGGGCGGCCCGGCGCGCGCGCCGGUGCAGCUCGCCGAGGAGCGGCCCGACCGCUUCAAGACGUACGCCGCGGGCAAGCCGGGGGCGGCGCCGGGGGCCAGGCCCAAGGGGGCGGCUGCAGCGGCUCCGGCGGCGCGCAGGCCGCAGCCGGCCAAGACCACCGUCCGCAGGUCCGAGGUGAAGGCGAGUCCGCCGGCAGCCGCGUCCAACGCUUCGACGGGCUCGAAGCGUUCCUCGACGUCGCGGGCCAGCGGCGGCAGCGUCACCAGCCCCCAGCACCAGACCACCCCCACCGCCACCCGCACCGCCUCCAACGCCUCCACCGCCAGCAAGACUACGCCCGCAGCCAAGAAGGCUCCGACGCCGACGCCGUCGGCCGCCUCGUCGUCGUCGGGCAGCGGCCGCCAGCGCGGCGGCGGGUCCCUCCGCGCAGUGGCGUCGGCGCCGCCGCGGGACGACCUGGUCGCGUGCUCUAACUGCGGCCGCCACUUCGCCACGGACCGCGUCGCCAAGCACGAGGAGAUCUGCCGGCGCACCACCACCAAGAAGCGCAAGGUGUUCGACCCGGUCAAGCAGCGCGUCAAGGGCACCGAGGCAGAGACUUUCGUCAGGAAGAUGCUGCUCAAGGGCCCGCCAACAAAGAAGGAAACUCAAGCAAAAAAGCCAGACUGGAGAAAAAAGCAUGAGGAAUUCAUCGCAACAAUUCGUGCAGCAAAGGAGAUGAAGGCACAUUUGGCAGCUGGAGGGAAGCUGUCAGAUUUGCCUCCACCACCACCGCUUGACACAUCUGACUACAUCCAGUGCCCUCACUGCCAGCGGCGGUUUAAUGAGGCUGCUGCUGAACGGCACAUCCCCCGAUGUGCCAACAUGCAGCAUAAUAAGAAACCUGCACCUGCUGCUAGAACCAGUGCAGGGAAGGUCGGUGCACGGCGUCGAUAAAUGUCAUUAAAAGCUCAUGUAAACUUAUCUGUACUAAAAUAUUAAAAGGCUGCAAUUCUAUAACAAGUACAUCUGUAAAACAUAAUUUAUUCUUUUGUUAAUAAUUGGCUAAAAAUUUUGAUUAGGUGCAUGAAAAUACUUUUUCUUGACCAGACGUGUCAAAAUUGUUGCAGGAAUUCUUAUUAGAUUAAAACUGAAUGUUUCACACACUCAAGCAACAGAAUUCAGAAAUAUUUACAGGUAAAUCCAUUAACUAAAACAAAUGACAAAUACAAGCUCUGCAAAAUUACAUCAGUAUAAGAUUCGUACUGAUAUAGCUCCUACAUAAUAAUUACCUCCAAUAAUGUAAAAUCAUAUUUUCAUUAAAAUGUUUGAUUACAGGCCCAUAGUUUUGUAGCUACAUUUAAUAUAAAGGACUGUGAACUUAGACUCUUCAAACUGUCAUAUUUUCUUGUCAUUUUCUGGUCUAACAUGUCAUAUUUAUACGAAAUAAUGUCCUUUUUGUAAAAAUUCAUGCAGUUAUUCAUACUGUGGUUAAAUUAUGUUCAGAUCUACAGGUGGUAAUUGACAUGUUAAAUAUGUAGUUAGGAACCUUAGACUGCAGACUAGACCUUGGCAGGGGUGUAACCAUUACUAAGCAGCCACAAUAAAUGUGCUAGAUGACUCUUGUUCCAUAGUCAGAGUAUGACUGUGAUUUAGGACCAUAAUCUAAGCACACACCAACCAAAUAGUUGCUUUGUCUUCGAUAUGUAAAAAAAUGUCUUGUCUAUUCAGUAGCCACUGUCCUCGCUCUGUACUUUACUGCAGUUUAAUCUAAAAUUUGGUCAAUUACUUAAUUAUUUUUUCUUUGCUAUAUGUAGAGUGAAAGAAUGAUUUCAGAAAUAAUUUACUGUAUCACACCUGAUAUUCAUCGAAAGCAACUGUGGCAAUACCAGUAAUAAAAUGAAAAUCCUUGUUCUAUACCCUCACCAAAAUACACCUGAGACAAGUGUAAUAGUAGCUUAAAGCUUGAAUGUGA